AUGGCGACUGAACCGAAGACAGUCGAACAAGAUGAACCAACUACGACGUCAGCAGACGAUAAUGAGGUGGCUGCUCAACUAGAAAAAGUUCGACAAAUAUUGGAACAUUUACCGGGCUUAUUUGAAGAUCUAUCAUCAACAGAGCAGCAAGAAGAGCCACCUAUAUUUAAAUCAUUUGAUUUGAAUAGUGCUGCUGAACACAUGGCUAAGUGUUCGAAUAUUAUUGUCAUGUCUGGUGCCGGUAUAUCAACAAGCGCUGGGAUACCUGAUUUUCGGUCACCCGACACUGGACUGUAUUCACAAUUAGAAAAAUACAAUUUACCAUUUCCGCAAGCAAUCUUCGAAUUGGGUUAUUUCCGCGAGAAUCCAAAACCUUUUUUCUUGUUGGCUAAAGAGCUCUAUCCGCAAAAGUUUAUCCCGACACCGACUCAUUACUUCAUUCGACUAUUGAACGAGAAAGGCAAAUUACUACGCACAUUUACACAGAAUAUUGAUUCUUUGGAACGAAUUGCUGGUAUACCAGCGGAGAAGAUUGUCGAAGCUCAUGGGACAUUUUUUACUGCGCACUGCUUGGAUUGUCAGGCGGAAUACUCAUUGGAACAUGUUAAAGAGAUUAUUUUCAAAGAUGAAAUUCCAUAUUGCAAUGCGUGUAAGGGAAUUAUUAAACCUGAUAUUGUUUUUUUCGGUGAAAGUCUACCUGAACGAUUUGCUGAAUGUGUUAAAAGUGACUUUUCCAAAUGUGAUUUUCUCAUUAUUAUUGGUACAUCACUAGCAGUAGCACCAUUCAAUAAUCUUAUUUCAUAUGUGGAUAAAAAUUGUCCUCGAUUAUUGAUUAAUAUGGAGCCAGUUGGUAAUACGGUUUCAUUUUGGAAUCCGUUUGGAAGUACAUUGAUGUUUGAUUCACCAAAAAACCAUCGCGAUGUCUUUCAUAAAAGUACUUGCGAUGAAGGUGUGAUUGAACUGGCGAAGUUACUUGGUUGGGAACGUGAUUUCACAACAUUACUCCAAAAAGAGAGAAAAUUGAAUCUAACAAAAACUGCAUCUUCUACGAAGACUGUUGCUAGUUCAACAGCAAGUUCAACACAAUUAAACACGACUGCUACUUCGACUAAAGCAACUUCUUCAUCUUUGAAGCCGUCUAAUGAGACUACGAGAAGAAGUAUUUCAUCAACAAAGCCAGCUAACAUCACUACAAGAAACACUUCAUCCACGAAGGCAGCAGCUGCUGCAUCUUCAAAGAAGUUUCCGACUUCGACGAAAACAACUACUGUGGCUUCAACAAAAAAGAAAUAG